AUGUAUAAUAAGAUUACAAAAUGCAGAGCUGUCAGUACAAAUGUUAAAUUGUUACCAGAGGUAUUAGUGCAAAUGAAAUUAGCCCCUCAAUGGACCCUUAAAGAUGAAUCCAGGCUAUGUAGAGAGACAAUCAAAUUUAAAGAUUUCGAAACCACUUGGUCCUUCCUGAAUCAGCUCUCUAUGAGAGCACAUCUUUGGGGUCACCAUCCUACGAUUUCAACAACGUAUAAUAAAGUGGACUUAGAGUUGACAACACAUGAUAUCGAAGGCGGACCUGCUAUCUCCGACAUUGAUAUAAAGAUGGCUAAAAGAAUUGAACAUUAUGUAAAUUUGUAUAAAUAG